GUCCGCCUGAGGUAAAAUCUGGCCCUUCCGCGCCUCGUUGGGAGCUGCGCCUCCUCUUCAGGAAUUUAAUUAAAAUGCUGCUGUCAAUGGGAAUGCUAAUGCUGUCUGCAACUCAGAUUUACACCAUUCUCACAGUUCAGCUGUUUGCUUUCUUAAACCUGUUGCCUGUGGAGGCAGACAUUUUAGCGUAUAAUUUUGAAAAUACAACGCAGACAUUUGAUGACUUACCAGCAAGGUUUGGCUACAGGUUGCCCUCAGAAGGCUUAAAGGGUUUUCUGAUAAAUUCAAAACCUGAGAAUGCAUGUGAACCCAUCACUCCUCCGCCCCUGAAAGACAAUUCUUCCCGCACAUUUAUUGUAUUAAUCAGAAGACUUGAUUGCAACUUUGACAUAAAGGUUUUGAAUGCUCAAAGAGCUGGCUAUAAAGCAGCCAUAGUUCACAAUGUUGAUUCCGAUGAACUCAUUAGCAUGGGAUCCAAAGACAUUGAUGUUUUAAAGAAGAUUGACAUUCCAUCUGUCUUUAUUGGUGAAUCAUCUGCUAAUUCCCUUAAAGAAGAAUUCACAUAUGAGAAUGGAGGUCACAUUGUGUUAAUCCCAGAGUUCAACCUCCCUUUGGAGUACUACCUGAUCCCAUUCCUAAUUAUUGUGGGGAUCUGUCUCAUACUUAUUGUUAUUUUUAUGAUAACAAAAUUUGUCCAGGACCGACACAGAGCAAGAAGGAAUCGGCUUCAAAAAGAUCAGCUUAAGAAGCUUCCAGUACAUAAAUUCAAGAAAGGAGACGAGUAUGAUGUGUGUGCCAUUUGUCUGGAUGAAUACGAGGACGGAGAUAAGCUCAGAAUCCUUCCCUGCUCUCAUGCAUACCACUGCAAGUGUGUGGAUCCCUGGCUGACUAAAACCAAGAAAACAUGCCCUGUAUGCAAACAAAAAGUGGUCCCUUCUCAGGGUGAUUCAGACUCUGAAACGGACAGCAGUCAGGAAGACAAUGAAGUGUCCGAGAAUACGCCUUUGCUUAGGCCACUUGCUUCAGUCAGCACUCAGUCUUUUGGGGCACUGUCUGAGUCUUACACCAAUCCGAACAUGACAGAGUCUUCAGACUAUGAGGAAGAUGAGGAUGAAGAUCUCGACAGUAGCGAUGCCGAAAACGGAGCAACAGAAGAGAGUGUAGUAGUCCAGCUUCAGCCCAAUACUGAACGAGAUUACAGAGUGGCAAAUACUGUUUGAACUUCA